AUGCUGGGGCUGCAGCACCAGGAGCUGGUGCUAGCCAAAAUGGAGAACGCGUCCCCAGGCGCCGCGCCCUCCGAUCUCUACGACCCCGCCAAGCAGCAGCAACAGCAGCAGCAGCAACAACAACAGCAGCAGCAGCAACAGCAACAACAGCAGCAGCAACGCAAGGACCAGGAGCAGCACGUCAUCACCGGACUGGCACCGCCGCCGCAGCCACCGCAGCAACAGCAGCAGCCACAACAGCAGCCGUCGCAACACGCGGGCUCACUGGACCAACCGCCUCCUCCACCACCGCCUCCUCAGCAACCUCUGGGGACCACGGCCACGCCCAAGAAGUCGGACUCGAAGAGCAAAAAGGCCGACACCAACGGCGUCAAGAAGAAGAAGACAAGGACGACGUUCACGGCCUACCAGCUGGAGGAGCUGGAGCGGGCGUUCGAGCGCGCGCCCUACCCUGACGUGUUCGCGCGCGAGGAGCUGGCGCUCAAGCUCAACCUCAGCGAGUCGCGCGUGCAGGUGUGGUUCCAGAACCGACGGGCCAAGUGG